GAAUCUAUGGGACAUUUCCGCUUUCGAAUGCCGGAGAAACAGAACCAAGGCUAUCUCUCUUCUGUAACGCUCACCAGUUUUCCUGUCAUGAUGCGAUAUGAGAGGAGUGUGAUAUGGUAAUGCUUAAGAGGUAUGAUGACUUCAUAAAGGUCUUUUAAGUGUUUGCUGUCAAUGCAAUCACAUGGGAAGAUGAUAGAAGCAAAUGACUCGGAUCUCAAAGAUGGCUGCCAUGACACAGGUCAUCACAGCCAUCAGACCGAUGAGGUUGUAGAAAUGUACACUCCACAUGGACAUGUCAUCCCAGACCAUAGUAUGGCCCAUCUUGAACAUGAAUUUGAUGCACAUGAUGGAGAUGACCCAGACUUAUCUGUAGUGUCGUUUGACAUAGCGGCCGAGACAGUUGUCACGACAACGAACCUGCCUCUACAUGAUACAGAAAUAAAUAUUAUCAGUACCCAAUCAGAGACCUGUGAUGAUGUUGUGUGUCCUUCAUUGUUGUUUGAUGAUGUUAGAAAUAUCACUGGGUCCGAUUCAAGUGAAACUGAUGGAAAUAAAUUGAUGUCCAGUGAUGUAAUCACAGAAUCAGAGUUAUCCGCCCUUGAUAUUUGUCUGGAACACUCUGGCACUGCAAGUCAGAGGCCAGCUUUGAACAACAACCUACAAAACGUUCCAUAUGUUACAUCUGAUAUGUCUGAAUGUGACACGCAGACAGCUUUAUCCCUGGAGGACUUGACAAAGAGAGAGAGGGCUCGACUGCUGAAACAGAGGCUCCGUAGAAAUCCUUCAUUCAGAGAAAAAGAAAAGGAGCAGGCAAGAGCAAGAAUGAGAAAUAAGAGGAAUGACCCUGAGUAUCGGGAAAAGGAAAGACGGAAGGAUAGAGAAAGACGCAAAAUUGUGAGACAUGUGAACGAAGAGGCCCGUCAAAGGGAACGUGAAAGAGACAAAGUUCAAAAAAGAUUAAAUAGGGAAAAUGUUAAGGAAUUGAAACAAUUACACCACCAUGAAUCUCUGGUAGGUGUUGCGGACACACUGUAUGUGGAAAACUGUUUUGUAAUAUCUGACUCAAGUGAACAGAGCUACUGGACAAGUGAACAUGUGAUUGGUUCAAAUUCUGAUUCUAUUAUCCAAUCAGAUUCAAGGAUAGAUGAGGAGGAUGUUUCUUUGUUACCACUUGACUUUGUUGACAAAGUUACGGUGGAUCCAAGUAUUGGAUGACAAGUUCAACUCAUAUUGAGUUAAUAAAUGAAAAUAAAAAUAUUAAUAUUAACUUGUU